CAAAAAGCAGAAAACAAUUUUCAAUGUCCAAUCUUCUAUUUCGGUCUAUAUUAUUUCUUAGAAAAUAAUAGAUUUUUGCGAUAUUCUAUUUUUAAUUCAUAAAUUUUCGCUAAAGUUUGGUGUUUAUGUGCAAAUACGAAUUAGACCUACGCUGUAUUAAUUACUAAUUAGUAUAACGAAGUUACCCAAACUUAAAUUUUGUUAAAUAUUGUAAAUGAAAUGUUUUUUAUCAAGAUAUAAUUAUUUAUUUCAGUGUAAGUAUGCUAUAUUUUGCAGAAAUAAAUUUUCAUAAUGUUUGCAAGUCUAAAAAGCAAAAUUAAAGAAGAGACUGGAAGUGACAUUAGCAAGUUGACAAGUAGUUGGAGAAGUGGAGCUUUCUUGGGAAGAUUGUCUUUACGUGAUGAUUCGUCCACAACAAGCCCUUCAAGUUCUGGUGGACAAGGUGAUACAACAUCAGAUUCAAUAUCACCUCAACUACAAACAUACCUAAAUGACAGAACUGGAGGUCAAGUAGACCAAGUAGCUCUUCAUCAGCAGUAUACCACACAACUUGAAGAGAAAUUAAGAGAUAGGGAUCUUUUCUGGGAGCAAAAAAUUGAGGAAUUGAAGCUGUCUCUUGCAUCAGUACAAGGUGAAGAAGCAUCGGCAGCUCAAACGGUGGCUCGAACAGCACAGGCAGAGGCAGCUAAGGCUAUGCUUGAAAGAGACCAAUCGCAGAGACAUCUUAAUGACCUUAAAGCAAGAUUAGCAGCUGCAGAAAAUGCACAGGAUCGCCUUGAUACACUUAAUGAAGAGUUAGAGGAAUCUCGGCGAGCUUGGACACGUGAACGCGCAGAACUCACAGCGGCUUUGGGCGCUGCAGACGCCCGAACGAGAGACCUCGCUGAUGAAUUACAAGUCUUGAGAGCCGCCUUACCCACAACGCAUCCCGAACACCAUGUUCAUGAUGAUGAUAAAGAAAUGCAAUUAACGGGUUGUGGUGACUAUGACCGUUUGUGUCGUGAGAAGGCGGUCUUAACCCGUCAGCUGCAGGAAGCCAAAAUGGUCCUUGCUGAUGUUAAAACCUCUUGGAGUGCACAGAUUGCGUCGCUUGAGACUCAGGUGGCGCGUCUGUCUCGCCAAGCAGGAGAAGAAGGCGCAGAAAGAAGAAGAGUAGAGAACGAGAAAAGAGAUAUUCAGGAAAAUCUUCUAGAAUUAUCUGCUGAGCUUGAAAAAGCAAGACAGAACUUGGCCAAUAGUGAAGCUAAGGUGGUGCGUUUGAACGGCGAGGUGCAUUCAUUGGCCAUGGAAGUGAAGACACUGCGCAAUGCAGCAAGCGGGGCUACCGAUAAAACAAUGGAAUUAGAGGCUCAAAUACAAGAGUUAACAGCUGAAAACAAAGAAUUGUCUGAAAUGUUGGAAGACAGUAGAGAGAUGGUCACGAUGUUGAGAGAGGAACUUGAGGAGUCACGUAAAAUUUGUGAUGAGCAUAAAGAAGAGGUGAAUCACCUCAAUUCGGUGAUGACAGAUAUGCAACAUGACUAUAUUGAUAUACAACGGAAGUUUGAUAAGGAAAGGCGAGAGAAAGAUGAAGCACUAUUGCGAAAUGCUCAUAUAUCGCAAGACGUUGAGAAGAGCCUGUGCAAUGUCCGAUUUCUGGAGUCAGAGACAACAGAGUUGAAAUCAAAAAUUACAGAGCUGGAGGGAAUUAUAUCGCAACAUAAAGAGAAUCAAGCAUCGUGUAUGCUAAUAAAGGAAAAUGAAGAGGCGAGAAAUAAGGAAAAUGAGGAACUCAGACAGCGAAUAAAAAUAUUCACUGAAAAUGAGGUCACGUUAAAGAAAACUAUUCAAGACUUAGAAGCUGAAAUCUGUGAUAGAAAUAAGAAAAUAAAAACCUUAGAUAAUAGAAUAUCGGAUAUGAAGAAAACCCUUCAGCGUGAAUUGCAAAGCAGCAAGUCGGAUCUCACCACGGCCGAAGAACAGGAUAUAAGUAGACGGUAUUUAAAACACGUAGUGCUACGAUUUUUGACUGCGCGUGAGUUAGAAGCUCGACAGUUGACGCGUGCUCUUUCAGUGCUGUUACGAUUAUCCGCACACGAAGAGGCUCUGUUGAGGGCGGCCUUACCCGCCCGAUCUGGUAUUUCCACCUGGUUUCCUGCCCUUAACACGUGAAUUGUAUAGUUUCUGUUAUGUAGGAAUUGUGAUCGACAGGAAUAUAUAUUUUUUUUAAUUUUAUUUAGGGAGCGUUCAAGUAUUUCGUAACGAAUUUUUGGGGGGAUCCUUUUGUAAAACCUUACGAUGCGGGGCGGGGAUUGAACUACGCGUUAUUGUCAAUACUAUUUUCGACUUUCCAGUACUUUACAGCACAUAAUGGUAACUUUUACCUAUAAAGAGUCACUGGGUGGUCACGAAACGAUUUACUAUUGAGUACAGAAAAACGUUACGGCGCGUUACAUGGGGGGGGGGGGGUCAAUAAUCUCCAAAAAUUGCGUGACGUAAUACUUUGAAAGCGUUCAAGCGUCCCUUAUAGUCGGAAACUGAGAAAAUGGUUUUAGUACAAUGGUCAAUGUUUUAAUGUAGUUAUUGUAAACUUCGUGCACCGAAUUCUAUUAAAAAUAGUGAGUGCUUUCGAUUAGUUCCAAAUACGGCCAUGGAGCGCUGUUUAGACAUAGAAAUUCCAGACAAAACCUUAACUAUACAAUUUUUAAGCGAUAUUUUUCUCUUUAACAGAAUCAAACCAGAAUGAUAACAUUUGAAACCAUUAUUAAACUGGAAUUUUGGUUUUAUCUAUGUGGCGUUAUGUCGUGUAUAUUGUAGAGAUUUUAUAUAAUUUUUAGGCAUUCCAUUUUUAAAAUGUCCACAUUUGUGUUGACAGACAAAUUAUACAUGUCAUGGUAUUAUUGAUAUAGCUUUAAAAAUAAAAAAUACAUUAUUCAUAGACAUUAUCCACACCUCAGACUUUCUUCUGAGCUUACUGCUGAAAGCGAACUGACACGCAAACAAUCCUUAUAAUUAUGACAGCUUUUCAAGUUCGAGUACAAGUGCCGUAACUUUUGGUAUAUUUUUAAUUGCAGUGUCAAUGAUUCAUAUUAUGUUUAUAGAUUACCUGAUUUUGUUAAGCGUAUAUUAUAUUGUUGUACAUUAGUUUUCGGAGGAACAAAGAUUACAAACAUGUGAAACAGAUCUCAUUUGGAUUAUGUAAAUAAAAAAAAUUACAUUUGGAAUUCCAUUUUUGAAAGUUUAAAACAAUAACAUGUGGCCAUAACCUAGAUCUGGUUUCGCAUUUGUUGAUUUAAAAAAAAAACAAGAAUUCCAAUUCCAUUUUCAAAAGUUGAUAAAAAUUUAUGGAAUGUUUUGCCACGCUUUUCUGCAAUUACGCAAGAGUGAUAAAGCAUAGCAUUUUAGUAUUAGAACGAAAAGGGCGAUUUUUUUUUAAGAAAUUGGUUACUAAAAAUAUUUUGAAUUAAACCAAAUCUUUUGAUAGUCAGAUAGUAUUGUUUAGAUCGAAUAUUAGUUUGUAAAUUAUAUUUUUGUAGGUUAAUUAUACUGAAGAUUAUUUUUAAGGCAUUUAUUUACAUUUUUAAUUAUUUAUAUUUAUGAAAAUGGCGGCUGGUUUUAAACUUUAUUUCCGGAAAUUAUAUCCAGUCCAAGGGACAGCCUGGGUUGCCUGGAUUUAAAUUAAAAAAAAACGUAAUAUAAUUUUGUGAAUAUUUUUAAAUGUACAUAAGAUUAUUAACACAAUGUAGUACACAUAAAAUAGAAAUUAUAACCACUGCCCAUAGGCUAAAUUCUCGGUUGCCCUUAACCUUGAGGUCGUGCGUUCAAAUCCCGGCUGUGUCAUUUUCCUUUCUAUGUACAAUUACUCGUACGAAGGUAUGAUUGAAAUGGAAAGUCGAGUCUUAGCUCGAACUUUAACAAUAGUGUCACAAUCCAGUUUGUCUUUGAUAUGUGUCAGGCAUAAAAGACUGUUUACCUAUUUGUCUAUAAAUAACUUAAAAACAGCAAUUGAGGUAUUUGGCUAAUCAUCGAAGUUAACUUAGGAGAACCGAGGCAUGUUAAGAUAUUUAACUUUAACCGACUUAGUUUUAAGUGAAUGCAAUAUCACUGUUAUAAUAUUUGUAAGAAAUGCUUAGAUCUGUUGGAAAUUUUCAGUAUGUCUAGUCGUUUAUUUCAUUGUUUUUUUUUGGAAGUUUUGGUGUUUUUAAUUUUAUAUACAUUUAUUACGUAGUCAAUAUCAAUAAAUGAAUAUCACUUUGAA